GGAUUCUUCUGAUCAAAAGCCCACAGCUCGAUUCCGUGUUACGGGUUCAAUGCUUCCUAAUUUAGUAGGUCGCGAUGUAUGUAUAGUUGGGACUGCUCUUCGUGUUGCCCCUUCAGGACAAAGAAUACAUAUACGCUGCGCAGAUGGGCGGGAAAUCGAUUGCAAUCUUCUCUCGCCUCUUCAGGCUUCUCCAGAAAAUCGAGUUAUAGAAGUCCAAGGUCGCGUAAGCAAUGUACAAGGUACAGAAAUCAAUGCUACAGCGGAACCCGUCGUUUUCUCACAGGAAGCAAGUACAAAGUUUGACAGCGAUUUAUAUUCACAAGCUAUCCAAAUGACAGCUCAAUUCGAUCAGUUUUACAUUCAACCAAUGGAAGCAUAAUUCAUAUUCGUCAGUUAUCGAACAAUAAUGCAAAUUACAUCAGAUGUUUAAUGUUAUUGUAUGCAAAUAAAAACAGUUCUAUUCAAGUUUUUGUUUUACUGACCUAAUGCUUGUGAUUAGUAGACCUGAAGAACUAUCUUUAUUUACUCGAU